AUGAGCAGCGGUCGCGGCAGUCGCUGGGACAACAACGACAGCAGCAGCAUGCCUGUCUUCAAUGGCACGGCGAGCCCUCGCAUCGCUGCCGACGUCACGGCCGCCGAGGAGCCCGAGCAACGCAUUGGCAGCGACGACAUUGCGUUUCCUGCGACGCCCGGCGGGCGCCCGGUGCCGUUCGUGGUGCAGCCCACUCUGCACACGACGCUGUGCCUCUCGGCCGCCGACUGCGGUCACCAUCUCGGCUGCUUCCAGCUGCCUUCGUUCCCGACCUGGUCGCAGUGUCUUCCAGCAGAUCCAUCGGCGCCCAUGACACCUGUCGACGCCACGAAGGCGCUGCACGCAUACAUGGCGCUACUAGCCCCCGACACGAAGAGUCCCCGGCAUGGCUUUUGCCGCCAUGAUCACAACUGUGGCGACUACUAUGGCAUAGCGCUUGGCUGCACGCUCCGGCGCGCCUCUCCGGCCAUGGUGGCGGCACGCGUCGGCUACUGCGACUGCAUUACGACGCCAUGCCCCGGGGCACCGACAUGCUGCGCGGGCUGCGUCGGCCAUGGUCCCAUGCGCGACGGCCCGACUGCACGAUGGCGCCAAGAGCCCCUGCGCUGCAUCUUUGACAGCGUACAGAACGCAUCCGUGUGCCAGACCAUAGGAUCGACCGACAAGGCCGCUGCGGCGAGAACGUCACGUCCGACAACGUCGUACAAGCCAUCGGUCAUUGGCUUCUCGGACGAGUCACCAUCCGUGCAGUUUGCUGCUGGCGCUACGGUAUUCGUCCUCCUCGGCGCCCUCGGCGUUCUCAUCCUCACCGUCUUCCGCGCCAAUCAUCAACGGCGACCGGAUGCGCUCCACGAGAAAGGCUGA